UGGUGUGUGUUAGACUUGUGCAUUUUUUGUUUACGAAGACAUUACUAAAUAAUGCAUUCGAAACGAUUAAAAUUUUUCGUAAGGAUAGUUUUGAUAUUUUCUGUGAUAUCAAAUGUUCUGUUCUGUUUAGGAAGUGUGUAUUACAUUUCAAACUGUAAUGGUGUAGUUUUAAAAGAUAUGGCACUGACUGGAACUGGUGGUGACCAGGGCGACACACCAACAUGGAAUAAUAUUAAUCAUCGGAAUGUUGAGAUGUUACCGCAAUGGUCCAAACUUAACAUAAGUGCUCAAUUUCCAUAUGAAGAGAUAAAAGAAAACAUUGACACAGUGUGUCCAGAUCGUCCACCACAACUUGUUGGUAGGAUGAAUAUAAGUGGUAAGGUAAAGCCAGAGGAUGUGUUCAACGUUACCUCACUGAAAAUGGUUCGCCCAGGUGGACAUUACAUCCCAGCUUGUAAACAGGAGGAAAAGGUCGCUAUAAUAGUGCCGUACAGAGACAGAGAGAAUCAUUUACAGAUAUUGCUCUAUCACCUGCACACGUUUCUUCAGAAACAACAAUUACAUUACGCCGUGUUUGUUGUUGAAAUGGCGUACCCGACCCAGUUUAAUAGAGGUAUUUUGGCAAAUAUUGGUUAUCUUACAUCUCGAGAGAUUUUGAAUUUCACGUGCUAUAUUAUCCACGACGUUGAUUUAUUACCAGCAGACGAUAGAAACCUUUAUAGAUGUUCCGACAAUCCCAGACAUCUUUCUGUCAGCUCCAGUAAAUAUGGAUACAAGUUACCUUAUGGCCAUUACAAUGGUGGAGUUGUAGCAUUCACAAGCACACAGUUUGAAAAAAUUAACGGAUUCAGCAAUGCUUACUUUGGUUGGGGUAAAGAAGAUGACGAUUUACAUAAACGGAUCUUAAAGUCUGGUUUUAAGAUUGACAGACCUGACGCUAAAAUCGGAGAUUAUGAGGAAAUAGUUAGACAGGAUAUUCAAGAUCUCACGAAUCCAGAUAACCCAAUGAAGGACAGUUUAUACCUGUGGGCUGAAAAAAGGUUUAAGAAUGACGGAAUCAAUAGCGUUCUUUAUCAAAGAAUUGCGCUCGAAUUUCUACCAUUAUAUACGUGGGUAUAUGUCAACACAAGUGAACUGACCGUCAUGAAAAUGAUAAAACAUAUCGAUCCUGGUCUAAAAGAAGCGUUUGCACGUGUGAAGAAAGCCUAAUAUAACACCUUAUUGGGGAUGUUGCAACAAAAAUUAAUUUCAUUUCCUGUUAAUUGUAAAUUUUAUUACAUUACAAGUCAUUGAUGAAAUACAAAUUGGCUUGAAGUAAUAAACAAGAACAAAUUUUGUUUAACGUUACAGUACAUUUUACAUCAAAGCAAAAGUGCACAAGAUUCCAUCAACAUAAUAUGCUAAAGUCAUUCAUGUAUUAUUCAGUCACGGCUAUACUUAUAUUUUAUGUAUAUUUUUGAUUUAUAUCAAAAUUAAAUAUAAUUACAUGU